CAUAACCUAUAAUGUUUACAUUUUCUUGCUUCAAAAUCUGGGCAGUGUUUUUCUUUUUUUAAAGUCCAGCAUUGGGUUGAUUUGAUGAUUUUCUUUGAGUUUUAGUGCUAACCCAUGAAGAAUUUUUACUGCUUUAAGCAAAUCUCAAACAAUGUUAAGUCAGGGAGGAGACUUUCACUUGGAGAAUACAAGAGAGCUGUUUCAUGGUCCAAGUAUUUGGUUUCCACUGGUGCUGAGAUUAAAGGAGAAGGAGAAGAAGAAUGGAGUGCCAACAUGUCACAGUUGCUUAUUGGCAACAAGUUUGCUUCAGGGAGACAUAGUAGGAUUUACAGAGGGAUAUAUAAGCAAAGAGAUGUGGCCAUUAAAAUCAUCAGCCAGCCUGAGGAGGAUGAGAAUUUAGCUAAUUUUCUUGAGAAUCAGUUCAUAUCUGAAGUGGCUUUGCUUUUUCAUUUGAGGCAUCCCAAUAUCAUCACUUUUGUUGCAGCCUGUAAGAAGCCUCCUGUGUUCUGUAUAAUCACCGAGUAUCUUGCGGGUGGCUCACUAAGAAAGUAUCUGCAUCAUCAGGAGCCAUAUUCAGUCCCACUUGAUUUAGCUCUAAAAUUAGCUCUUGAUAUUGCACGUGGGAUGCAGUACCUUCAUUCACAAGGAAUACUUCACAGGGAUCUCAAAUCAGAAAACUUACUCCUUGGAGAAGAUAUGUGUGUGAAAGUGGCAGAUUUUGGUAUUUCGUGCUUAGAAUCUCAGUGUGGUAGCGCAAAGGGAUUUACAGGUACUUAUCGGUGGAUGGCACCUGAAAUGAUUAAAGAGAAACAUCAUACAAAGAAAGUUGAUGUUUACAGUUUUGGCAUAGUCCUCUGGGAACUUUUAACAGCUCUGACACCGUUUGACAACAUGACUCCUGAACAGGCUGCAUUUGCAGUCUGCCAAAAGAAUGCAAGACCGCCACUGCCCUCCUCAUGCCCUCUUGCGUUUUGUCAUCUCAUCAACCGAUGCUGGUCGAGCAAUCCUGAUAAACGACCACAGUUCGAUGAGAUAGUUUUGAUUUUGGAAAGGUAUACCGAGUCGCUCGAAGAGGAUCCGGAAUUUUUUAAAACUUAUAAACCUUCAGGUCGUACUGUUUUGAGAUGCCUACCAAAAUGUAUGGAUGUGCAUUAUUGAUCUGUUGCCUUAAAAACCUAAGAUGUACUGUGUGAUGCUAAUGCGAAGUGUACCAUAUUAUAUA